GUAAACAUGAAGCACGAGGAGCGUGCUGAUGGUAAAGGUAUAUUUUGCAUCUGGAAAAUUUAACGUAAAUCCUUAAAAAGCAUUGUUUAUCGACAUUUUUUCAAGAAAAAAAAAAAAAAAAAAGAAUAGUGAGGAUAAUUGUAUAAUGUAGACAAGUUGUCUGGAAGAAUGCUUGACUGUGCCUGCCAUACUGAUGACAGCGCGCACAUGGUUCAUAGCCCUGCCAUGGAAAUAGUACAGACGUAUCCAUUUUUGAAAUCUUUUUUGGCUGGAUCUGUAAGUGGAACUUGCUCUACCCUUCUCUUUCAACCUUUAGAUUUAAUAAAAACAAGGCUACAAAAUCCUACAAAAUCAGGGCAUACAAGAAAUGGAAUGUUUAAACUUUUUAUACAUGUUGUACGAAAUGAAAAAUUGGUCGGUCUGUGGCGUGGAACUGUGCCCUCCAUUAUGAGAUGUGUUCCUGGUGUAGGAAUGUAUUUUAGUUCUUUACACUGGCUACAGAGCAAUUUUGGUACUAAAGAUCCAUCUCCAUUAGAAUCAGUUUGUUUUGGUGUUUUGGCAAGGUCUUUUGCUGGGGCUACAUUAUUACCAGUAACUGUUAUUAAAACUAGAUAUGAGGUAUUUAUUUACUUUUUUAGAUUUGCAUUUGUUCUUCCUUUAUUGUUAACUUUUUGAUUUCACAAAAUAUAA